AUGGAGACACCGGCGAAUUCCCAGGCUGUCAACGGCCAAAGCAGCUGGCACGGAGCUGGGGCUGCUGAAUUUGACCUUCGCAGUGACACCAUGACGAAGCCAACCCCAGCGAUGCUUAACGCAAUCUGCCAGACCACCCUUCUCGACGAUGUCUUCAACGAGGACCCGACAACCAAUGCCCUACAGAGAUACGUAGCCGAAAGGACCAAGCAUGAGGAUGCGCUAUUAGUCCUGUCAGGAACCAUGGGAAACCAGGUUUCAAUUCGUUCCCACCUAGUUCAGCCCCCCUACGCUGUGCUGUGCGACCACCGAUCUCACAUCAUCUGCUAUGAGGCAGGGGGUGUCAGUGCUUGGACCGGUGCGACCGUACAGGCCAUUAUUCCGCAGAACGGCAUUCACUUGACCCUUGAGGAUAUUCAGAAGCAUGCCGUGCUAGACGAUGAUAUCCACCACUGCCCGACCAAGUUGAUCAGCUUGGAAAACACCCUCAACGGCUUGAUCAUGCCCCUCGAUGAGGCGCGGCGUAUCGUGGAAUGGGCACAUGCCAAUGAUAUCAAGGUUCAUCUGGAUGGCGCUCGGUUGUGGGAGGCAGUUGUCUCUGGGGCUGGUAGUCUUGUCGAGUACGCCAGCCUGUUUGACAGUGUGAGCCUGUGCUUCUCCAAGGGGCUGGGAGCCCCGAUUGGCAGCAUCAUUGUUGGCUCCCAAGCCUUCAUUAAGAAAGCCCGCUGGUUCCGCAAGUCUAUCGGUGGUGGCGCUCGCCAGACGGGAGUCUUUGCAGCUGCUGCCCGGAUCGCCCUCGAUGAAACGUUCGGGACAGAUGACCACGGCAAGACCGGCAAGCUUCCUGCAACGCAUGCAAAGGCUAAGCAGGUUGCGGAGCUUUGGACCGGUCGCGGAGGCAAGCUGCAGUUUCCCGUGCACACCAACAUGGUCUGGCUGGAUUUGGAGGCGUCCGGGGUGGGACCAAAUGAUCUCACAGCCAUUGGCCAGGAACAAGGAUUACAAUUGCUUGGGAAUCGGGUGGUCAUUCAUUACCAGGUCUCGGACGAUGCAAUUGCACGGCUGAGUCAAGUAUUCGACAUUGCUCUGAAGGGCGACUACCAGCGUAGCGAGGACACGAGAAAGGCCUAUGGAAGCAGCAAGCACUAA